UGACGUGAAGCGAUGUAGUCUUGCUGUGUUGUCACCAUCUGUUUGCACGGGAACAAAGUGCUUCAAAGCAAACAUGAUGAAAUAAACAGACGUGUCAAGUCUCGAAAAACGGCAAGGCUACAUUACGUAAGGGCUCCAGAACUGAAAUUACAACCAGAGGGAAAUAGCACUAUUUUAUUUUUUGUAAUUACGUAACGUUACUGUAAAGUUUCUGCGUGAUUCGGGAAGACUCUUGCGCAAUAUUGUACAUCUGUGCGUCUGAAUGUCAGUGAACGUAAUACAAUUUUAAUCCCGAAUGUGCAUUUCCACGUGUUUAUGGUGUCUGACAGUAAGUGCGCAAUAGUUGUGAGUGUCCGUCCAGCGCGCGAGGAUGAACGUGGGCACGGCACACAGCGAGGUCAAUCCAAACACGCGAGUGAUGAACAGCAGGGGAAUAUGGCUCUCUUAUGUGCUUGGCAUCGGUCUCCUACACAUCAUAUUGCUCAGCAUACCGUUCGUCAGCGUUCCUGUGGUCUGGACCCUCACCAACCUCAUCCACAACUUGUGCAUGUAUAUCUUCCUACACACGGUAAAAGGAACGCCGUUUGAGACUCCAGACCAAGGCAAGGCCCGGCUUCUGACCCACUGGGAACAGAUGGACUACGGGGUCCAGUUCACCGCCUCUCGAAAGUUUCUCACCAUCACCCCUAUUAUACUGUAUUUCCUGACCAGUUUCUAUACGAAGUAUGACAGGGUCCACUUCAUCAUCAACACCAUUUCCCUUCUCACUGUGCUUAUCCCCAAACUGCCUCAGUUCCACGGGGUCCGUCUCUUUGGGAUUAAUAAGUACUGAUGAGGCUUUGAUCUUCAACACGAGGAUGUGUGGCCACUUGUUCUGUGGGAAUAAAAAAGGGGAAAUUUAGAGCUUCAUUGGAUGCUUUACUGCAGUGGCCGGACAAUCUGCUAUGGUAUCACUGUUAUUGAUGUUUUUUUGUGUAACGUUCAGAUACAAACACAUUUGUAGAACCACCAGCAGAAUGCAGCAAAAGAAGGUCUCUGGAUAUGUUAGGACCACUGUUACAGACUGUGUUGAAACAUUGGGAACCAUGUGUUAGAUUUCAGUCACUUUGGCAGAAAUGUUGCAUUGAUGCAAUGAAUCAGAUGGGUCCAAAUAGGCUGAUUCUUAACUGUUAGGGGGCCGGAGUCAGUACUUCCCAAUGUUCAGCACAAGGUUUUAAGCAAGACAAAAAAAGGUACUGCUUUCUGAAGAAAGUGUACAAGGCUAUUCUUAGCACAGGUGCAAAAGACUGGCUUCGAUCCAAUAGUUGGACAGUGUUGGAUUCAUGUAAAAACCAAGAAGAGUGGACUUUGAUAGGUAAUAUUGGAUCAGAUCAUUUUUCCCCUAAGAGAGAAACUGCAGUCUAACUGUACAUAUAACAUUUGGAUCCUAAUAUGUCUUACUGGACACUUCAUGUCCAGUUCUGAGUGAGGAUAGAUGAAAUGUUAAUGAAGUUUACUACGGUAUAGAAUAUUUCUAUGAAGCAUCAUGAAAAUGUGAAUAAGAUGAUUAAGUGCUUAUUGUUAACGGCCAAUCACGAUGUCUGUCUCACAAAGGCAGCAACUGAAACUGAAUUUUUUAAAGCAAACCUCUCCGUCACAGUACAGAUCUACAGGUUUUACUAAAUGUGUAGUGUGGUCUACAUGCGUUUUGUCUGUGAACAGCCGUAUGGACUGAUGACAGGCCCAGUGAUAUGCAUUUUGCAUGGCCAUACUACAUGAGCAUAAUUUCUAAUAACGAACCCUGCAGACAUAUUCCUAGUGCUUAACACACAAGAUUAACUAAAGGUUGUGUGUGUGUGUAUAUAUCUAUAUCUAUAUAUAUAUAUAUAUAUAUAUAUAUAUAUAUAUAUAUAUAUAUAUAUCUAUAUAUAUCUAUAUAUAUAUAUAUAUAUAUAUAUAUAUAUAUAUAUAUAUAUAUAUAUAUACAGUAUAAAAUACUUUUAUUGUUAAAUACAGCUUUUCAAUACUGUCAUAUUUAGUAGCAGUUUGUUAUAUCAGCGUCUCAGUUGUGCUCAGUGUGGAGUUUGUUUUAUUGUUGCCCUCUCUUCGAUGGGAUGCAUUACAAUCAGGAGCAAUGCUUUAUCUAGCAGAUCAGUUGACCUUGGUCUAUAUCUGUCCCUUAUCUUAGUUUGUGUUAUCAUAUUUUGUGUUUCUCAACAUUUUAUAAGAGAUGCGUGUUUACUGUUGACAUGAUCAGUAUUUGGAAUAAUGCUUAUUAUGGAAAAUGUAUUUUGCAAAGAGCUUUACUACAGUCGAUGAUUACUUCAUAAUGGAUUUGUUGAUGGUACCUUUUGCAAUUUUGUUUAAUGUGAUGGUCUGAUAUUAUGUAAAAAAAAAUGUAUGUUCUUUAGCUGGGCUUCAGUUCUCAUCAUUUGCAGAUGUUUUGUUUCUUAUUCGACUGGCUUUAUCAUUUGUAGCUAAUGGGAUUUUCCCUCAAAUUACAUUUAGUCCCAUGUUUUAUUAGUACAUUUACACUGCUAUUUAAUCAUAUCUUAUCAGUUAAUACCGCAAGCGUUGAAUCUUUAGAUUUUGGCAACUGUAAGAAGAAGUUUUCUCUGGUUUGAGAAUUUGUCAUGUUGUGGUAAUCUGAGGUGUUGCUGUAAAGUGUUGCAUCUGGCCUUAUCAGCUGGCAGGAUGUUGAUGUCAGGGUCCAUGCCAAGUGAUAUCAGAGACUUUCUUUCUCGUGUAGUCAAGUACGAUGUCUUUAAGUUGCAGCAGAGCCUCUCAGACAAACUGUCAGUUGUAGAACUGUUCUGCCGUCUCUGUUUGCCAGCUUCUCCUUUACACGUUCACACAGUGAUUGUGAUUGACAGCGACUCCAUCGGCAAAUCACUGGCUGCACGGCGGGAUGCUGUGCAAGGUUAAACAGCAGGGACAAUCUUAUUCUGUGACUGAUGAAGCGUUUUCAUCAGUUAAUGUGAAACAAUGCGCAGUAAUGAAUGAAUUAACUCUACCUGGCAUUUUACAAUGAACCAGAUGAAUGAAAACAGACAUUUAAAGGGACAGUUCAGCCAAAAAUAGAAAUUCUAUCAUUUAUUAACCUACACAUCAUGUCAAAAGCUGAUUUUCUUUCUUACGUGGAACACAGAAGGAUAUUUUGAGGGCUGUUUUUCGUAUGAUUAAAGUCUGUGGGGUUAAAAAACAACAUUGGACACCAUUACUGUAUGAUCCAAAUACAUAAAAAAGCAAAUCAUAGAGGUUUGAAAAGACACAAAGGUGAGUCAACUCUUGCAGUAUUUUCAUUUUUUGGAGGAACUGUACUGUACUUUGGUCUAUGGCUUCAAAAUAGAUCAAGCCAGGAAACUGGCAUCGACUUCCUCUAGUUUAACAAAUGAGAAAACAUGGAGCUUAAAGACAGUGAUGAUAUAAAGAAAAGACCACACUAGUAUUCUAGUGUGCAACAUGAGCCAGGGCCGUGCUCUGUGUGUCGUUACCCAAAGCCAGGAACUUUUGAAACAUUGACUGGGUGAGAGUCCAUCAGAAUGGGCGAGAGUGAGUCCUCGGGUGUCAGUGUCAGUUCUCCAUUACUAGCUGCAGUCUGUGUAAGCUGUCUAUCACCCUGUCAGCACGUCUCACCCCUCACUGAGCAGAGCCAUUCCACCCUUCUACACACAUUCUACAGGUUUACCUGCUCUUUUUCACUAGCAGAAUUUCGCAUGAAACCCCAGACGGUAGCAUUUAAGGUUAUACAGUGAUAUUUGUACGAAGGGCUAUCUGCAACAGGACCAAGUCACUCUGAAGCUUACUGUCCUUCACUUCUGGGAAUAGACAGAGAGUAUCGAUUACUUUUGUAUUCAGUAUUAGUACAUGUGUACGCUACUUUUCAAAAGUUUGGCAUUGGUAAGAUUUACCAUGUUUACUUAUGUUUACUAAAACUAGAUUUAUUUGAUCAAAAAUACUGUAAAAGUAGAAAAAUUAUUUCUAAUUGUUAUUACAGUUAUUACAAUUUAAAAUAACUGUUUUAUGUUUAUAUUUAUUUAAAAAAGGAUUACUGUUGAUGGUAAAGCAGGUUUUAAAGCAGCCAUUACUCCAGUCUUCAGUGUCACAUGAUGUUUCUGUAGAAAUAUGAAAGUCUUUACUGGAAAUUUAAUGCAUCCUUUCUUGAUAAACAUCUCCAUUUAUUAAAAAAAAAACCUUACUGACCCCAAACUUUAGAAACAUUAGUGUAGAUGGAAUAAGUAACCGUUUGAUUUUAUGUUGGAUCAUGAUAACUUGGAUACUGAGAGCAGGUGUAUUGGUGAUUAUAGUAGUGAUGGUGUUUUGUACUGCACUGUAAGAAAAAAAAAAAAAAAUUAAGACGUACUGGCCAUUUUCUGCCUGGACAUCAUCUGUUAACAUCAGACAUAUCCUUCAACCUUACAACACAAUGCAUAAUUAAAAAAAACGGGCAAAACACCUGUGAAAAAACUAAUGUGGAAAAUUCUUUCAUAUUAACACAUUUUUACAGACAUUUCUUAGAGUGCGGUAGAUGUUUAAAUAUGAACUGUUCAACUGAAAUGUUUUUGAUUAUCCAUUUUUGUAAUGUCGUUAGAAAUAAAAGUGAAUUCGAAAGGACAAUGUU